AUGUUCUUCGAUCAGGAUAUCUUUCAGGAUAUUGCAUUCGAUUAUUCCAUCGAAAAUUCCACCAAUGUACUGCAUGGCGGCGGCGAAGCGGGGAUGGGCGAUGGCUCUGGGACCGAAGAAGAGGGAGACGCAGAAACCGGCAUCGAGAUUGUCAAAGCCCAAAAAGACGACAGUUGGAACGCCGAAGAAGAGCCCAUGAAGAAUGGGAAAAUCGACAUCGAGAUAAUAACUGCCGAGGCAAUGUCCCUCGCCCAGCGCCUUGCGACGGGCAAGUCUUCCGCUGAAGCCAACAUAAUUGAUGACGGCUUUAACAAAUACUCCUUCCGCGACCGCGAUGGCCUACCGGACUGGUUCCUGGACGACGAGAAUAAGCACUCGAAGCCCAACCGGCCCAUCACGGCGGCCGGGGCCGCCGCCAUAAAGGAGAAACUCCGCGCGCUCAACGCCCGGCCCAUCAAGAAAGUCCGGGAAGCGAAGGACCGGAAGAAGUUUAAGGCUGCACAGCGACUUGAGAAGCUGCGGAAGAAGAGCGCGCUCAUGGCGGAUGAGGAGGGUAUGACGGAGAAGGAGAAGGCGGCGAAUAUUACGAAGUUGAUGGCUAAGGCGGGGAAGAAGAAGCUCAAGGCAAAGGUUAAGGUUGUGGUUGCGCGCGGCCCGAACAAAGGGCAGGGGAGGCCCAGGGGCGUCAAAGGGCGGUAUAAAAUUGUUGAUGCCAGGUUGAAGAAGGAUGUUAAGGCGCAGAAAAGGGUUGCCAAGAGGGAUAAGAAGAGGUAAUCUAUGGUUUAACGGGCUGGUUGAUAUGUGGAUAGGGCGAAUUGAAUUGCAUAGGAGGGUUAAAAGUUUGCUGACUUCCUUCUUUUUGUCAUCAUUAUGUAUACGAGUACUGGAACAACCUAUCUCAAAAAUUCGAUCUUAUCGUCUACGGAUCUAA